ACAAAGGUGGCCUGCGUUUGAAAUUGAAUUCGUACGUUCAUUACAAUAUUACUCACUUUUUGGACGUGUUGUCUCGGGCUAACAACAAAUAAUGCUCUACAAAUUGUAAAAUACGUUGAGAAACAAAAAAGUAAAUAAAAUUUAACGUGCAAGUGCAAGUUUCGAUUAACAAACCAAGAAAUAAAUAAAGAAAUUCACAAUAUAAAUUUGACACAUUUUGUUCAUCUAACGGGCAAAUUUGCAGUGAACAUAAAAAACAAAAUAAAUCAAAAUGGAUGCCAAGCAGAACAAUGAGCAGGAGCAGGACAACAACACCAAGCAGCAAAACAAUGACGAGUCACGCCUGCGUACGGACAGCGAAAGCUCCACGGAUAGCAUGACACGCUUUGUCCUUCCCAGCCUCGAUGGCAGCCCGCCCAAGGUCGUCACCAUGGACGAGGUGGCGAGCAUGCUCAAGAAUCUCAAGAACAUGGAGCUGGCCCAUGAAAUCGCUCUGAAUCCGGAGUUUAAGCUGCAGCGCUACGAGCCGCCAAUGGAUAGUCUGGAGGGUCGCAUCAAGACCAUGGUGCACAAAGCGUUCUGGGAUCUGUUGCGUCAACAGCUGGAGCGCCAGCCACCAGCCUACGAUCAGGCCAUUCGGCUGCUCGGGGAGAUCAAGGAGGACUUUCCUCAGCUGCUGUCGGCGAAGAACGCGAGUCUGUUGGGACGCAUCAAUGCGGCACUGGACGAGCAGCUGGUGCGUCAGCAGGCGGAGCGGGGAGUGCUCGACUUUCGUGCCUAUGCCAAUUUUGUGAUCAAUCUCUUGGCGAGCAUGUGCUCACCGGCCAGAGAUGAGACGGUGGCCAAGCUGCGGGACAUUGAGGAUGUGGUCGAUACGUUCAGGGGCAUCUUCGAGACGAUGUCGCUGAUGAAACUGGACAUGGCCAACUUUAUGCUCGCUGUGGCUCGGAGUGACAUCGCCGCCAAUUCGGUGCAGUAUGAGAAGCAAAAGUUCAGCACAUACUUACGAGAGUUUCAUGGCAAUGCUGGAUUCCCGGCCACCGAGGACUGGCUGCAACGUCAUCGUCCUGGUUGCAACAGCACCGACGACAUCACGUACAACGCGUACAUGCAGCUGCUCGACUAUCCGGCGGACAAAGAGUUUCCCGAGCUGCUGCGCAUCGACAAGGAACGCUUCGAGGGUCUCAGCUGGCGAGCGCAGCGUUUGAUCCUCUGCGCCUCGCUCAUCUCGGUGGCCCAGAGUGUCCCAGUGAUAUCGCAACGUCGUGAGAAUCGCCAACAACUUGCCCAACAACUCGAGAUACUGAUGCAACAUGUGAAGCAAGAGGAUCAAAUUGAGGCUGCCAUUGAGAGCUGUCGUGAACAGAUUCGAGCAUUUAUUAGCACAUCGCUGGCCAAGGAACAGAUGCAGCCAUUGAGCGAUGCUCAGCAGACGCAGCUGCUGAGUCAACUGCAGCAACUGGCUAACAAGACGUCGCCGGUUCGCAAUCUAAUGACGAGCCGCUUGAAUGGCUUUGUGCGCGUUGCGUUGCGCUCCAAUGGCAACAUUCCGCCACCGCCUUCUGGUUUCGCUGACUUCGAGGAAGAGUUGGUUGCAUUUAUUGCCUCAUUUCGGCGACUCGUUUCCUACAAUCACGCCGUAUUCGGAGAGUACUUUAACCAACUGCUGGGCAACAAUGGACAGCGAGAGAGCUCUGAGCCUGUGGCCGAUGCCUGCGGCUUGGCUUCGAAUGUGGCCCAAGUGGCCAAGCCUUAAACCCAAUACUAUUCUAUAUCCAUAUAGUAUGUAUCUGAUCUGCUGGAUUAUGUCGAUGAUGAUGCGUUGGAAGCGCGCAACAAGAGUUGGAGGAAGAGAAAUAGAUAGAGAGAGAGAGAGAAAGAGAGAAAAGCAGCCUCAUUCGCUGUGGUUUUAUUUGUCUGUGAGGAUCUGGCCAAGUGAUAUAGUAUUUUCUCCAUCUCCACAAAGUCCUCACACACACAAACACACACACACAAAUCUCGCUGGGCGUCUGUGAUAAGCAAGCAAACACACACAACGAUGAAUAAAAAUUGGAAAGAAUACACUUGAUAUAUGUAUGGAAAUAUAUGGGGGCAGCCACGCCCAUGUCCAGAUCAGACUACGCCACACUCAACUCAACAACAACAACAAUAAGAACAACAGGAACAACAAGAACAAGAACAACAUUAAAUAAAAAGAGACGAGAGAGCAAACACUGGCAGCUUCACAAGUUGGUUUUCGAACUAAUUU